CUCUUUCUUGUCUUGUACCUGUUCGUUUGACCUGUUUCUCAACAGGAAUUUUUUGGUCGGGAUGGUCUCUUCUUCCCCAGCCUUGUCGGCUCUUGAAGGCCCGACUUAUGUGACCGCCCAGACCCUUAUCCAGCAAGUGGCGUAUGUCCUGAGUGAUAAGAUCUUCUCCUACUCUCCAGAGUCUUUUGACCUUGAUGUAGCUCUCAAGCAAUGGGCUGCUAGCCAAGAGACCAAUGCCAAUGGCGAAACCCCCGCUAUUCAGGCUAUGGAGACCCGCCAAGGUGCUGGUAACAUUGCUCUUGGCUACCUCUUCUCUCAGGACUUCGACCUGAAGAAGCGCCAUGUUCCCCAGGGGAUUGUCGCCUCUUCUGCCACUCUUCCAUACAUGCGCUCGGCUUUGGAGCAGCUUUCUCUGCUUUAUUCCGUUGCUAGUCCUGUUGCCGCGCAUGUCGCCGCGGUCGACUAUGCCGGAGAGGAGGGCUUGGUCACCGAUUAUGCCUCCGCUUUUUCUCUUGCUGAAGAGCUUGGACUGGGCCUCAUCUCUAGUAUCUCUGUUCACGAGUCGCAGCAUAUGGCAUUGCUUACGACAUUACUCGCAGCGGUUUUGCCAUCUAUCCAUAUUUACGAUGGUGUCCGCGCUGGUCGUGAAACCACUCGGGUCAUCGAUAUCCUGAGUCAAGCGGGUCUUUCUCGCGCCUAUGGGGCUGUUCGCAAGACUUUGGAGGAUUCUCGUAGCCGUCAUCUUGACAACCAGGGAAAGCUACUAGAACUGCUCCAGUCCCUCAAUGGUGAGCUCGGUACGGACUAUGGCCUCUUUGAGUACUAUGGCCAUGCGGAACCGGUCUCUGUUUUGGUUGCUUUUGGUACCGCUGAGGCAUCUCUCACUGCCCAGGUCGCCCGGUCCCUGGCGAAGGAUGGUGUCAGUGUUGGUGUUAUCAACGUUCGUGUUUACCGCCCGUUCGUUGAGGAGGAAUUCCUCCGAGUGCUACCCCGGUCUGUCAAGACUGUUGGUGUCCUAGGCCAGGUUACCAACGAACAAGCCGUGCAAGAGCAGGGUAUUCGAUCUGCUCUAUACGAAGAUGUUCUUGCCGCCUUGACCUUCGCUACUGGCCGCGAGAACGUACCUACUUGCGUCGACAUCAAGUAUGCUCGCUCCCAGCGAUGGGACUUGAUCAACACGGCAGCUGCGUUCCAACUCAUCUCCGAAAAGCCUAUUGUUCAGACCGAUGGCCAUACUGUCCCUCUUCAGCUGCUCGACCCCUCUGCGGUCCAAGAAUACACUUUCUGGGAUGUCGAUACCUCUGUCUGCUAUAAUGCUGCCACUGCACUCUCCCAGGCCCUCGCUGCCGACUCAGCAAGCAACGUCACCACCCACAAGACUUACGAUAACCUCGUCCAGGGAGGUGCAGUACGCAUCGAUAUCCGCAAGAGCUCCAAAAUUCUUGAAGCUCCCUAUGCUAUCACUUCUGCCAACACCGCUUAUGUGGGAGAUGUCAAACUUCUGGCGGACAUUGAUAUCACUGCCUCUAUCCAGGACAACGGCAGCCUUAUUCUUAACGCUCCUGGCGUGAAGGAUGAUGAGCUGGAGAAGAAGCUUCCUGCAGCCUUCAGGCAAAGGGUUGCGCAACGUGGAAUUUCUCUUUACCUCGUUGACCCCUCCGUUUUCGGCGACUCCUCGCUCGACGCCGUCGUUCUACAGACCGCCUUCCUGCGAGUGGCACUCCCAUCGCUGGAGGAGGUCGGCAUUAAGAAACUGGCAUCAAUCUGUGACAACGCUGAAUCCCUUCAAAAUGUCAGCAAGGACCUUGAUAGGCUGCUUCGCCAAAUCGAGAUCCCCGAGGCAUGGAAGACACCUGAGGAAGGCUUUGAGGCUCCUCAGCUUCCUAAGGACCUCUCCCCCAAUAGCUUUGUGUCUUUCGACAAGGAGGAUGCCGAACCCGCUUCUUUUCUUAAGGACUGGCAGACUGCCGCGAAGGGCUUGGCUUUCAAAGAGGCCUACGGAACCAAGACAGCUCUCCGACCGGACACUGCUGCUAAGACCUUCACUGUCCAUGUCAAGGAGAAUAGACGCCUGACGCCUGUCACUUAUGACCGGAACAUCUUCCACAUUGAAUUCGACUUGGGUGAUUCUGGUCUUACUUAUGACAUCGGUGAGGCGCUUGGUGUACACGCGGAGAAUGAUACCAAAGAGGUCUCGGAUUUCAUUUCCUUCUAUGGCCUUAACCCCGACGAUAUUGUCGAGGUGCCUAGCCGCGAGGAUCCUGCCGUGCUGGAGAAUCGUACGGUGUUCCAGGCUCUCACACAGAAUGUUGAUAUUUUCGGCCGGCCCCCUAAACGUUUCUACGAGUCUCUCGCUGAAUUUGCCACCGAUGAGAAGGAGAAAACUGACCUCCUUACCCUAGGUGGCCCCGAGGGAGCUGUGGAAUUCAAGCGUCGCGCUGAGGUUGACACUGUCACCUUUGCUGACAUUCUGCUUGAAUAUCCCUCUGCUCAUCCUGAAUUCCAUGACUUGAUCCGUAUCGUCGGCCCUCUCAAGCGUCGUGAAUAUUCGAUUGCCUCCUGCCAGAAGGUGACUCCUAACUCCGUGGCGCUCAUGAUCGUCGCUGUCAAUUGGGUGGACCCUAACGGCCGUGACCGAUUCGGAUUGGCUACCAGGUACCUCAGUGGACUUCAACCUGGUUCCCCCAUCACAGUUAGUGUGAAAUCCAGUGUGAUGAAGCUGCCUCCGAAGUCCACCCAGCCCAUCAUCAUGGCAGGUCUUGGAACAGGUCUUGCUCCGUUCCGUGCUUUCGUGCAGCACCGUGCACUUGAGAAGGCCCAGGGUAAAGAAAUCGGCUCCGUUCUGCUGUACAUGGGCUCUCGUCACCAGCGCGAAGAGUACUGUUAUGGUGAGGAAUGGGAGGCCUACCAAGAGGCUGGUGUCAUUACCUUGCUCGGCCGUGCCUUCUCCCGUGACCAGCCCGAGAAGAUUUAUAUCCAGGAUCGUAUGCGCCAGACUCUGCCUGAGAUUGUUCAAGCUUACAUCCGGGAAGAGGGAGCCUUUUACCUUUGCGGUCCCACAUGGCCGGUUCCCGAUGUCACAGCUGUGUUGGAAGAGGCAAUUGCCACCGAAGCUAAGGAGAACGGCAAGAAGGUUGAUACAAGAAGGGAGAUUGAGAAAUUGAAGGAUGAGGAGAGAUAUGUUCUUGAGGUGUACUAAAAGGUUUGAUGAACAGUUCUGUUAUCUCGAGUUCCUCUUGUGUGCAUGCAAUGAGGUUGAUGCCUGUCCUGUUUUGGUUUAGCGCUUGUUAGCACCCGAUAGAAUACCUAGACUUAUGAUGGUUACCCCAAACACUACUUGGUUCAUAUAAAUAUGUACCUUCC